ACAGCACCCUCACUGCGCGGCGCAUCCACAACCUCCUCCUCCAUCUGCGCACUGAUUUGUAUAUCGCAGCCCUCGUAUGUAGCCUGAAUUUUCUCGUCUGGUAAGCUGCGAUUUUUUUGGUCCAAACUCACCCUCACUAUCCUUCGCCCAACCCAAGAGCUCUCCAGCUGUUUCACACACUUGUAUUCAUGCGCUGACGUAGACUAGCACGUUUACGUACGAAAGUAGAUACACUGAAUCAACGCCCCGGUCAUAUUCGACAAACCACUCCUCCACUACCCCAUACCUCUACCACAGAAACAACAUAUCGUGUGCCUUCAUACGGGUCCGAAUUAAUUACACCAUCAAAGCCAAAUCGUGGGCCGCCUCGGGGCAUCCUCCGACCACACUUGCGUAGGCAUCCAACCGAGGCAGUUUCCAACAACCACUCUCACAAUACUACGCGCUCACCAUGGCGAGCCCUCCUUUCAAAGUCAAAGCGAUUUACGAAUACUCGUCCCCCCAUGACGAUGAUCUUCAUUUCCCUCUCGGACAAGUCAUCACGGUCAUAGAGGAGGAGGACGAUGACUGGUAUUCUGGCGAAUACGUAGAUGCUUCGGGAGUGAAGCAGGAGGGCAUUUUCCCUAGGAACUUUGUUGAAAAGUACGAGCCUACUGCUCCUCCUAGACCAACUCGAACAAGUCGGCCGAAAAAAGAGGCAGAGCCGGCUCCAGCACCUAUUCCAGAGCCUGUGUCUGAGCCCGCCCCGGCACCAAUUCAACAUAUUGAAGACGUUCGGGGGGAGGAGCCGCAAUUGGAGCCAGAGCCGGUUCAAGAAGCUGCGUUCGCGCGGGAACCAUCUCCUCCAGCGCCUAAAGUAGAGUCUGUACCUCCUCCGCAACCUCGAGUUGUAGAAGCUGCGCCACCGAUCCCCUCGCCAAAACAAAUCCCGCCACCUGCGAAGUCUUCUCCUCCUCCUGUGUCAGAGAAGCCUACUGGCAACUCUUUCCGGGAUCGCAUAGCAGCUUUCGAAAAGGCCAAAGCUGCACCCCCGCCUACACCCUUCAAACCUGGUGGAUUGGGCUCGGGGGUGUCUAAUAAUUUCAUCAAGAAGCCUUUUGUUGCGCCUCCUCCAAGCAAGAAUGCAUAUAUCCCUCCACCUCGCGAGCCUGUUCCCCAAAAACUAUAUAGGAGAGAUGAAGACCCGGAGAUUGCGGCAAGAGAAUUGGAGAACCAACGGCAAGCGGAAGAGGCCGGAUUAGCCCCAGGAGAUGCGGAUGAUGAAGAAGAGCAGCCCAAACCUACGAGCUUGAAAGAAAGAAUUGCCCUUCUUCAGAAACAGCAAAUGGAACAAGCUUCACGCCAUGCAGAUGCGGCUGCAAAGAAGGAAAAACCAAAGCGCCCUGCCAAGAAGCGAACCGAAUCACACAAUACUAUCGAAGGCACUGAAGAGGGCGAGGGUGCUACAAUAGAGAGGAAAGACACAGAGGAAAAUAUUGGUAAACCAUCAAUGGACUCUGUCAAAGAAGAAGAUGGCGCGCCUCGAAGGCGUAAAUCUACAAAGGACACUCAAAGUACCUCAUCUGUGCAACCACGAAAAUCUUUGGAAGAAGGUUAUGAACCAGAUGUGUCUGGAGCUGGUGAGACCACUGAAGAGCCAGAAGAGAUUUCCACCGGAAAAGAUGAUAGCGAUGAGAAACCCAGAGUCCAACCACUCUCCCGGGCGCCUACUGCCCCUAUUCGUGAGCCUAACGUUGGAGAAGAAGAAGGCGCAACUGAGGAGCCCGAAGAAGAUGAGGAAGAGGAGGAGGAUAUAGAUCCUGAAGUUCGUCGAAAAGAAGAAUUGAGAGCACGAAUGGCCAAGAUGAGUGGUGGAAUGGGUAUGCACGGCAUGUUUGGAGCCAUGCCUAUGCCCAAACCUCUACCUCCAAAAAAGAAGAAAUCACUCGGAGUAGGUGAAAGGCAAUCAUCAGAAUAUGGCGCUGAGGAUAGGCCAUCCGCAAGCACCCAUGCACCUCCCGUUCCUAUGAUUCCUAUGCCCGGUUUAACUCGAGUUCGCAGUCCAGAAGAAAUCAGCAAACCUGUCGAGCGUGAUGAUGCUGAUGAUACUCCAGUAUCUAGCUCUCGUCCAGCCGAUGAGGUUCCAGAUGUUGAAGACGUGGUUCCGGAACUAAGUGGUGCCCCCCCCGUCCCUGGUGGAAGACCUGCUCCGCCACCUGUGCCCAAAGAUAGUAAGUUUUUCGUUCAUCUGAAUUCAGAUAACCUUCUGACACAAUAGCUCGACCAACUCCCUCUGUACCAAGGUCACCAAGUGCCGGUUCAGAAUCAGACGAUGAGUUGUCUGCCAGCGUUGUUACUCCAAAGGCCGAAGCUUCUCGUGCCCAGUCUUCACCAACAAAGUCUUCACCAACAACAAAAAGAGCGUCAUUUUUCAACGAUCAAACGUCUCCUACGACGAGCCAAGGUUCAAAGGACCGACGUACUAGCAAAGUGCCACCAAUUCCUGGUACUCCCAGUACUCCUGUAAUUCCUUAUCCCCAGACCCGAGCUCCUCCACCUCUGCCCCCAAACGCGCCGACACCUUUGAGUCGAUCGUCUACAGGGGACCGGCGUGUUACUCCAUCGAGUCUUCCAAAAGAAGAAAACGAAGAAGUGACGGAGUAUGAUGGCGAUUAUGAUACAGAUAUGCCCUCUGCUGUUCCACAUAAAGAAGCACUCAAGGCCCAUCCCAAAGAAUUGGGUUCGGAGGAUAACACGAACGGUCAAUCGCCGAUCAUUUCGCCAUUAUCUGCACCACCACCACUUCCACCAACAGCUCCGCGUGCAGUGCCUCCACCUUUACCGGCACAACCGCCACCAAUUUCAAGAAAGUCUGUAGACGUACCGCGAGUUGCACCUCCACCUCCCCCUGCCUCUAAAGUUUCCGCUCCAUUGGAAGAAGAUGAUGAUGAUUACGACCCUUACAAGUAUACUGCGCCACAGAAAUCACCCCCUCCUGUCGCCCCUUCAAAACCUAUAAGCAUUUCAUCACCCAGAUAUGAGUCAACUGAAGAGGAUUUAUACUCGGCGUCACCACCAAGACCUAAUGCUAUACCACCGCAACCGCCACAAAACAGAGCAGCUCCACCUCCUCCUCCUCGUGAAGCUCCUGGAAGUUCUGGCCCGCAGAUUUCAAUUAGAGGCGCUCCACGACAAUCUCUAGAUGUAUCACGCGGUAACAAUAGACGGUCGGUCGAGCUCGGCCGAAUGUCCAUGGAUCCCGGGUUUGUGGCCAACGAUGUUGAUCUUGGUCGAAGUUCAUACUGGUGGACUCAGCCUAAAAGUCUACCCCCGAACUUCCAAAAUCGAAAAGACUUUCUAUACGAAAUGGAAGAGUCAACCUCAUUACAGAAUGGAAAAACGAUGGUCACAAAAGAGCUGUUUGUCCUGUAUCAAGAUUACUCUCAGACCAUCAUCGCGGCUGAGUUCGAUGCGGAAAACCCAGCAGAUGUCCAUCUCGAACAAAAGCAUGAACAACCACCUUCGCGGCUUCGACAAGACCAAUUAGAACAAGCACAUGAACAGUUUGGUCGUCGGAUUAUCGAAGCCGUCAGCUCCAAGCAAGGAACUGUUGUUGGAGACGGCACACCCCAUGGACUUGUUCAAGAACUCCUCAAGCCUCUCGAUAAUGUCCUUCUGCCUGUCGGAGUUCGCGGCUAUGGAGCCAUUGUCUACAGCAACCUGGCCAACGCCUCGACGCAACAGAAUGACGAGAUUCGACCCGGAGACAUUAUCACUCUCCGCAACACCAAGUUCCAAGGCAAACACGGAACAAUGCACGCCAAGUACACCGCAGAAGUCGGAAAACCAGAUCAUGUUGGUGUUGUGGCGGAAUGGGAUGGUACAAAGAAAAAGGUUCGUGCUUGGGAACAGGGUCGGGAGAGUAAGAAGGUGAAGCUUGAGAGCUUCAAGUUGGAUGAUCUAAGAAGUGGAGAGGUGAAAAUCUGGAGGGUUAUGAGUAAGGGAUGGGUGGGCUGGCAUGGGCAUUAGAGUGUAGUGUGUUUAUGAUGCAGCGGGAUUUCAUUUUGGGAGGUGAAAUAAACGGUCUCGGUAGAAGGGGUUUGAUGGGAUUGGGAGAAUGGAUGGUGAUGAGGAUGCUAUGAAGUGAAGUGUAUACGAGAAUCCGGUCGUAGUCUUUAUGCAUAGCAUCUUUUUGAGCAAGAUUCUUUUUUAAGUUACUCAUAGUUCUUCACUUAUCUUGAGUUGCUUGUGUUCGUGUGUAAAGAUGGUGAACAGUUGAAGCUGGAAAUUGU